AAAGGAUGCAGUGUUUAUGUUGACUGUGUGACAGGAUGUUGUUAAAAGGUUCAUUUUUGGUUUUGGCCUUUUGUUCUUGCGGAUCUGGAUUCUGAAAGCACUAUUUGUUUGAAGUGUGAAACAGAAGUAUGAAGCUGGAGAUGCCAGAAGCAUUUGAAGAUGUUGCUGUUGAUUUUUCAAGGGAAGAGUGGAAGAUGCUGUGCAACCAGGAGAAAGAAUUGUACAAGGAAGUGAUGAUGCAGAACUAUGAGCACAUGGUGUCUGUAGGGUUCAACGUCCCAAUAGAACAACUGUUGUUACUGAUUGAAAAACAAGAAGAACUCUUACCCGAUUCUGUGGAAAGAGCAGUGACCCUGCUUCAGAAAAACAGUUGUGAUGAACCCUCUGUCAUGCAGAAAUCUCAGGAGCAGCCUAACCACAUUCUUCCAAGUCAGGGAAUGACCACACUCAUCCUUUGUGUCCCCAAGGAUGUCUUCACAAGGUCAGGGUGAUGGCUCCAGUCGUGUUGACACCAUGACAUACUACAACCUAGAAAGCCAUGAAAGGAGUGAGAUUUGAGACCCGGACAAGGAUGUGCUGGAGUGGGCAAUGGGGAGGUACAGUCAGCUCAUGCAUGACCUUCUUCAGUGGGUGCAAGACUUUUUGCCCCUUUUUGUCUCUGACCACCAAACUAUCUAAAGUUCUGUGCACCCUCAUCAUCUGAGUCUUCUAUGGCACAAUUAUCAAGCAGUGGAAACAUUUGAGACUCUGAUAUCCAGAAUAUAAGUUUUGAGGAACAGUUGUUAAAUGGUUAGCCUUGAGCUAGCAGAAGAGUUUGGACAGAUCUUUCUAGAGUUUAAUUCUGCUAACUCUGGGGAUAGUAUUAUGCUAUCAGCAUGACUUGUAUUGUUGAUCCAGGUAUUGGCCCCUAGGCUUUGUUUACAAGAGUGUUGUAUAAAAGUGGUUCAGAAAUUGAUCCCUGUGGAACACCUAACUAAUUUAAAAGAUGUUGAUAAUGCAGUUGCUAUGCAGAUUCUGGCUGACCCAUUUCCAGGUAACUGAGGAGUGAUUCUAUGGCUGGAAAAUAAAUACCGUAACGUUUAUCCUCUCUCAUGAAUAGGUAGUCUGACAGAGUCCGAUAGUGGUCUGAGACAGCUCUCUCUUCUACAUUUAUUCUUUUAUCUUCCUGGAAAUGAAUACAAAAAUUGUCUUCUUAUGAAUUUUGUUUUGAUAAGCAUUGUACAUAGCACAUUUCUGGGCUUUUUGAUCUAUUUUCGCAGUUAUACCUGACCAAAAUAAGGCAUUACAAUCUUUUUGUUUAUACUUCACUUUUUAAGUGAGGCUUAAGUAUUCUGACUGAUGUGGCUCUUUCAGUUUAACAGCCUUGAACAACAAGCCUUAUAUAUGACUCCCUAUAGCACUCGUAAUGCCUAGUGUCAACACACUGACAAAUAGAUUCAGAAUGCAGAAGAGUGAAUACUGAACAUUGCUGUUUUCCUUAAAAACUAUUUUAAAGGGGUGAAGCUCCCCUGCACCCCCAGUGUGGAGGGAGGGGGGUUCCGUACCCCCCCAAAGUUGUAAAUACCAAACUCUGAGAUUACCAUACGCUGGAGAAAGGGUCUGAGAAAUGGCCAUCACAAACUUGGUAUAUUCAAGUCCAAUUUUUGGCCAUGCAGUGUCCAUAUUUUUAGACACUGAAGUAGGUCUUUGACAUUUAAAAUGGCUGCCCUUGUAUACAAUUUAUUUAAAUAAAAAAUAGUUUUCUCUUUUUCUUCACAGCACAUCGUUUUUGGCCAGUCUCAGAAAGCACUUCCCAAGGCAUUUGCAUGUCUGGAUUUUCUGAAACUUUUGUUGCACCUCAUUAAUGUUCUUUUCAGUCAGAAGUGAGAGUGGAACUACCAAGGUGAUUUCCAGUUAAGCACCCAGCAAAGCUUGUAGCUGUAGCAGACAUGAAUGACUUGGCAUAUCUGCUGUAUGUGUCUGUUUUCCCGGCAAACAUUUCACGUGUAAGUCAUACUACUGCAAAAAAACUUGAUCUGUGAUGCCUUGGACAUUUCUAAAUGAGCAUAUAUUUUCUGACAGUCUUACAAGACUCUGCAUCCAAAUGUGUCUAGUUUAUCUUCUUGUAAAAUUACUACAACUUUUCUGUUAUGGUUUGCAUCUUCUUACCUGUGAUUAAUGUACUCAGAUUAAAAUAUUUCAGUGUGGGUGCUUCUGCAGUAAUUGUUUUAGUACUUCAGAUCUGUUUUAUUACUAUAAACUCCAGUAAUGUAAGAAGAGAUGUCCUAUUAUUCAGUGUUGCAGUAUUCUACUAGUGGUUUUACCCUUCUUCCGAUCAGAUUGUCCGGCCAAGUUUCCAAAGAUUUUCAGUCCCUCGUGGUGCGUCGGAUGUCUGAUGUGGAGGCAGGAAUAUGGGCCAUAAAGGUGAUGUCUGCACACACCAGCCCUCAAAACUUUUCAGCCGCCAGCUGUACACCAGGAAUUCCUGCUAACUCGCAGAUGUCGGAUCUGAAUCUAAACAAGCUAAGUACCCCGUUGGGAGAUUCUUUCAGUCUUUUUUUGUAUAGUUUAUAAUCUGUUCAUGCACUUACUCUUACCGGACAACUGUGGUCACCAGAUUCCCCAUAAAGACAUGAUCAGUGUCUUUCUUGUUUGGAUAGGGAACACAAUUAUACGAUUAUAAGAACUGCAUCAUCUCCAAAUCAUUCAUCCCUAACACCCUUCGUCGCCAUUUACAGGCUUUUAAUUUGUACCGCGAGAAUCAGCGUUUAAGACAGAUUGGCUGCAAUGCCCCAUCUGAACUGCCAAGGAAAAGGGCCAAGUCCAUGCAGCCUACUACUUCCACUGCAAAUUCCUCUGCCGUUCCUCAGCCUGUAGCCAUCAUCAUCUUGGUUGAGGACCUGGCAUCCAGCACAGCAGAUACAGUGGGUACCUUACAGAAGGCCACACAAUCUAGAGCAGACGACAUGUCCAGGGAGGACUUACCAGUGCCUGCUACAGACGCCGGGGGGAACCAGUGCCUUUGAUGGGUGCUUCGGACUCGGCCUCUGCUAUCCCACUGAUUAUCCCUAGGCCUACUGUCAGCCAGAUGCCUGCUAGGCCUUCUAAAAAGAAACAAAAGACUAGACAUCUUUCUUCAGUUCCUGAUUCCUUACCUGAUUGGCAGACCUUUAGCCAAAGUUUAUAUAAUGCCUUCAUGGCCCUUAGGCCUUCCACUGAAGCUGGUCCUGCUGUUCCACCUCUUCUAAGUCCCAGACCCUCCAUCCCUGAAAGGACUGUGACUCAGCCAGCAGAGGAGGAGUUGCCUGACUCCUCGGAGGAUUCCCUGUCCUACUCUUUCCAGAUCUCAUCCCCCCUGGGGUAUAUAUCUCUUGAGGAAACCUCUGCAGAGCCUGAUUCCCCAGUGGAAGACUUACCUUCAGUGACACUGUUAACUUGAUGAGAGACCACUUCAAGUGGGAAUGCUCAGACAUGACUGAGCAACAGAAGAGAUUUUAUGAUCUUAUACAGAUGGAGUCUCUUAACCCUUCACCUAUUCCACCUGUUCAGCCUGCCUUUCUGGAUGCAUUUGCUGCUGCAUCCACUAAUUCAGAUUCCCAACCACCUGUGCCUCACAGGGGUGGCUAGAUUAUACAGGGUCCCUGACUCAGACAAAUUCUUGCUCAAGUGCCCUCCAGCAAACCCUGCCACUAUCUCCAUUUCCUCUGACAGGGCAUGAAAGCUCCUUCCUAUCACCACUGUUCUCCCUGAAGAUAAGAACAGCAAGGCUAUGGAGAGGUGGGGAAAGAAUAUUUACACUUCUGCCACCCUAGGUUUUAGGGCAACAAAUUACUAGUCUCACAUGGCUAAAUACUCUCUGCUGGACAAAGCUUCCAAGGAGUUGAGUGACAUCCCUCACUGUGCUGCUAAAGCAUCCCUGUCUUCCUUGCUAGGGCUGAUCUCUCAGGUGAACACGCACUCCCUUAGGUGUGGGUACGAUGCAGCUGAAGCCUCAGCCAGGUCAGCUGCAUCAGCAUCCAUGUUAAGGAGAUUCUCCUGGCUGCGCCUGCAGCCCCUCCCUAAUGGCUUCAGAGCCAAGCUCCUAGACGCCCCCCUGGACCACUCAGCCCUCUUUGGUGCUAAUGUAGCUGACCUCUUUAAGUCUUUGCAACAAAAAGGGAAGGAACUGCGGGACCUCAAGCAUCUCCUAGUCUCUCCUAUCCCUAAGUUCUAGAGGAACUAUUCGGCAAAGAUUCAAUUUAUAAGAAAGACCUCCAGGCCUUCAGCCCCUACCAGGGCUAGAAGACCCCCCAGAAGACAUUCCACUCAGCCUAGGACACCUCAGCCAGCUAGCCAGAGGCCUCCCUUUGCCUGCCACAUCUCCACUCCCCCACCACCUCCAUCCCUUCCUCUGUCCACCCGUCUCUCUCACUGUCUCCCUGUGUUGUCCCUCGUUUCAUCAGACAAGUGGGUUUUCUCCAUCCUGCAAGAGGGUUACUUCAUGACUUGGCUCUCCCCUCCUCCAAGACUGGUCAUGCCACAACCACCUGAAUCCCAAAUGCCCCUUCUCCAUCAGGUCUUAAACAACCUGCUGCAUCAAGGUAACAUUGAAUCAGUACUCCUUCUCAAGGGAAAUGAUACUAUUCCAGAAUAUUUCUGGUCCCCAGGAAGGAAGGACCAUGGAGGCCUAUCUUAAACCUCUCCCACCUCAACCUGUUCUUAAAGGUCCCCUCCUUCAAGAUGUACACCCUACCCAUAGUCUUUCCCCUCAUUCUUUCUUAGGCCUUCAUGGCAACCCUGGACAUAAAGGAGGCUAUCUCCACAUCUCCAUAAAGCCGGCAUUCAGGAAAUAUCUCAGAUUCUUAGCAGGCUGUUCUCACUUUCAGUUCUGUGCCUUGUAAUUGUCUUUUGCUGAAGAAGGUGUUCGAAAACGUACUUGUUUGGAUUUUUUCAAGCGUUAUUAAAGAGUUAUUUCGCAUUUUGGAAUCAUUACUGGUUAUUUCAACUAACCUUGGAUUCACAUCUGUGGAUUUACAUCAAGGGAUUUAUAUCUGUGGUUCUUUAGCCCUCAUUUGGAGCUUCCAGAGUGAGCUUUGAUUGUGUUUUUGGUAAAGUA